CAGCAGAUGAGGGUUCCCUCAGCUCCACAGUUUCUCGAGGGGACACGAACCACAACGUAAGAAAUAAAUCUACCAAUUUAAUUCGGGCAUUUGAGUGAAUCAACGACGUUCAAUUAGUGUAAUGCGGAAGGGAGAUUUACCUGAAGUAAUUCCAUCGUCGUGAAAUGUUGGAACCCACCACUACCAUGGACAUGGGAGACGAGAUGCUGAGGUUUCGCCUCCACAAAAUUUUAUGGGGGCCCGUAAAACAGGCCUUCCUCUACGUAUUUCACCAGACCUACGCACAGACAACUAGCGUUUAUGAAUUUGCUUUUCAUCAUCCGGAUAUGUUUACAAAAGGAGAACUGCUAUGUAUUGAGUUUGAGCGGAAGGUCAACUGCUAUAGCAUACCUUUACUCUUCAGUAUAAUCAAGUCAAGUUGUAACCCACCACUGGCCCCUCCUACGGCUAGUGUGUGGGAAGAAAGUGCUCGUAGCGUUGACCUGGAAACUGUGGAUGUAGCUUUGGAGAAGCUCAUAGUGAUGCUUGCAACAAUUUAUGAAGAAGUAGCAGAGCUUAACAAGCCUUUGAACGAGGAGGAAUAUAACAAGAAGGUAACUAUUAUUAAGCAUUGCUUAAAGUACCUGAUCGAAGGAGCCGGGAAGUUUGACGUGUCUGGUCGUUGGGGAGAGUAUCUGGAGAAGAUUUUGAAUUUGCUGACCGACAUUGAUCAGAGAGAAGUCUUUCCAGUAGAUGAAAUAGCAGAUGACAUAAAGACAGAACUGAAGAUGAGUUAUCACCUGUAUAUGCCUACAGAUGUUGACCCAUUUCUGCUACAGCUGAUUCGAAUACCACUGGUUCCACAAGAAACCAAGAAGAAAAGACAUAGGAAACAGCCAGAAGUGAAGGUAGAAGUAGCAGAUGUACUCAAAGCGUUUCCUAGUAGCGAAUGCAAAAGCACUAACAGGAUCCGUUUGAUUGUAGGAGACCCAGGAUGUGGAAGAUCUACCCUCAGCUCUGCCUUUGCAGCAUCCUGGAGUCAAAGGGACAACCAUAUGACAGGUAUUGAUGACUAUGAUGCUGUCAUCUUAUUAUCUGGAUUAUUUGUAAGUUGCCAGCAGAAUGACCUGAUGUUCAGCAUCCUUCCGCUGUGUACGACAGUUCAUGGAGCAAAUGAAGUACAAAAGUGGGUGGUUGGGUCACGUGUUUUACUGGUCGUGGAUGAUGCUGAAGAACUGUUGCCUCAUCAUAGGGAAGAACUCGACGCUAUUCUACACAAAUCUGAGAGAGUGGAUGCAGUGCUGAUGACGUCUAGAGCCCAUUUUAACGAAUUAGAAAGAACUUGGACGAGCCAUGUUUGUGACAGGUUAGAAGUAUGUGGUUUCGGUCGUGAACAAAUCAUCCUCUCGUGUGAGCAAGUCGUUGGUUCAAAAAAACCUGAGUGUUAUAAGUUUUUAAAACAGUUUUUAAAGUCAAAUAUGUGUAGGUUAGAGGUGGUUUUAAAACACCCAGUUGCACUGGUAGAAUUAUGGGAAGCCUGGGCUGAAUCUGAAGAAAUAUUUAGUGAUGUUACAACUUGUGCCGAUUUUCUCUGGGCAGUUACGAAGUGGAAAAUAGAUAAGGUUAUGCAAAAUGGCUUAGAAAUUGCUGACAAUGUAAAGGUAAGAAAUUGGUUACUAAUUGCUGGAUUGAAAGCCUUCCAAUCCAUUAAAGAUAAUAGCAGAUUUGAAAAAUCCUACAUGAAACAACUUGAACUUGAAACAAGUAACGUUUUCAUGUCAGUCUCAAGUCGAACUGUGAUGUCUUCUAUCUUCAAACAGAGAUAUAUUCAUCGUGGCCAAUACUGCAGUGAGCUUAGCAGCCUCCAUAAAGUACAACAAGAAUUUCUGGCUGCUUGGUAUGCUGUGCACCAGGUGAUAGAAGGAAAGCAGUUAAAUUCCAUUCUGGAAGGUGUAAAAUGCCCUUACUAUAUGGCACUGUUUAUGGUGGGGCUAUUAUUAAAAAUCCCUGACUUCAAGUGGAUUUCAAUGUUACAUGAAAGGAGAGUGAUAAAUGCUGUUGUCAAUUACACUGAAGGCAGCAGUGACGAUCUGUACUUCAACCUCGACCUCGUUGGAGAGGUGCAAGGAUUAUCUAGGCUCGUCGAGUUCAUUGUUGACUUUUCAGAAUAUCCUGAUGAGUGGAAUAUUGAUGCUGGAGAUGUUCAGCUCAUUCCAAUUAGAACGCUGCUCUUUCACGUAGCACCAACUAGGAUUUUCUUGAAUGUUGAAAAACUCAAGCCUUACUGUGAGUUAUUUGAAGUGAUAAGCUUUUUGUGUAGGGUUGAUAUUUUUGUCUGGCUUGAUAGCAGUGGUCAGUUUGAAUAUGGAAGCAAGGACAAAAUGGAUAAAAUCGCAAAAUCAUUUUUCUCUGCGAAUACGAAAGCCCGCAUCGAUUUAGUUAAAGGGUGUUUAUCGACCAAGAUCAUUAAAGAAAUGACUUCUCAGGUAGCAUUCAGUUACCUAGUUUUCCUAAAGCUCCGUGUUAUUGACUUGGAAAAUUUGUUGGUGCUUUUAAAAGCUCCUGAAAACUUGCCUUCCUUACUGUGGUUAGAAAUAAAGUUUGAUUUCUGCGUUCUAGACGAAGAUGUGUGUAGCAUACCCAAGACGACUGUGCCACUGCUGGAUGUCCAUUUACAAGGGCUAGACGAUUCAAGUGUUUCCAAGUUGGCCAAUCUUCUGGGCAACAUACAUGACUGCUACUCAGGAAUUCACUUGGAUAAUACUUCCCUCACUCCAGAGGGCGUGUUUGUACUCUCAAGCAGCUGCAGAAGAGAAAAAUAUAUCUGUUCCCCAUCUGAAUACAGAGAAAAGUUCAGGAGUGGUACUUACCCCAACUCUCAAGUUUUGAUAAAUCCAUCGCGCUCACUGACGAAGUGUAGCAAUGAGGCUCCUCGGUUUUGA